CAGACAAUUUGCUGUUGCUUACCCUGUACGAGGAAGCUGAUUGGAUCUUUCCAUUCAUUUAGACUCUCGAUCCCCUUUUCUUUUAUAGAAAAUAAUCAUCUCAGAUCUGCCUUCUAUUGGAAGACAAACACAGUGUUAGUGAUGAGCACAGGAAGGUUACUCAGAGCUGAGGCUUUAUCCUGGAUGUCUGAUGAGGACAACGUGACUGGAGGCCAGUCCCACGGUUCGGUCCUGCAGCCUUUCUGGGACUACCUGUACCAGAACCACCACGACCUCCUGAGAAGCCCUCCCUUCCCCGUGGUCCUCUCCGUCUCCACUUACUUCUUCCUGGUUGGUCUCUACACCGUGCUGGACCUGCUUGCUCCCACCUGGCCAUGCAUAAACCGCUACAGGCUUCAUCCUGACAGACCCGUCACUUGGCCUAACAUCUGGACUACCCUGGGACUCACCAUCUACAACAAUGUGCUUUACAUCUUUCCUGCUACAGUCGCCCAGUGGCUGUGGAGGCCGCCCACCCCAUUGCCCCACGAGGCACCCACUUUCUGGAGCUUCUUCCUGGGCAUCAUGGGCUGCAUGGUGGUCUUUGAUUUCCAGUAUUACCUGUGGCACCUGCUGCACCAUCAGGUACCAUGGUUGUACCGCACGUUCCAUGCUGUGCACCACCAAUACAACCAGACUUUUAGCCUUGUCACCCAGUACUUGUCUGGCUGGGAGUUAUUCAGCUUGGGUUUUUGGGCUACAAUAGACCCCAUCCUGCUUCAGUGCCAUUGCCUCACAGCAUGGGGCUUCAUGGUCUUCAACGUCUAUGUGUCCAUUGAGCAGCACUGCGGCUAUGACUUUCCAUGGGCGCUACAUAACCUGGUGCCCUUUGGCCUCUGGGGAGGUGCACCCAAGCAUGAUGCUCACCACCAGAGGCCCGGCACUAACUUUGCCCCAUUCUUCUCUCACUGGGACUGGCUGGGGGGCACCCACACUGUGCCAACUCCCUCCAGCCACGCUACAGCGGGAGAGCCAGACAAGAUGAAAGGUAGAAAAGACUAAAGAGCUUGAGUUAAUCUCUCACUGACUCUGUCUCUCUUUUACUCAAAUGGCCUCUUUUGUACCUGCUCUUAUUCCAACACACUUGUUUUUUCUCUCUUCCCUCCUACAGACCAGUUUCUCUCCUUCCCUGUCUGUCUGCCUUUCCUGUCUUUUUGAAUAUCUUUCACUGCUCGCUAAUAGUCAAGAGUUUUGAUUAUCUAACAUUUCUUUGAUUAUCUAACAUUAAGUUGUUGAGAAGAAUGAUCUUUUAUGUCUAUUUUGUGUACAGUUGUGUUAAUGUAUUGUCAUGCAUUCUCAGGUCAGUUCCCAUACAUGUGUAACAUGUUUUGAGCCACCUUGAAAAAUAAGAGCAAAUAAUAAAACUACUUACUUGA